UGCGGACAUGUUUAAUAGCACAGUCAGAUGUGUGUGUUAUUUUAACAUGGUGAAUUAAACAGCAGACAGGACGCGACGUGUAUUUUGCUGUGUACUUCGUCACCUGAAGGAGUGGUGAUGGUGGAGCAGUCAGACAGAGCCCCGCUGUUGGACUGGGAGGAGGAGAUCAGCCGGGCCGAACAGUUCCCCCCUGGUUCCUCCGCGCACACUGGAGGGGUUCCAGCAUCUGACCCUUCCAUGUGCCGAUCACAGAGCAGGAACGACGCUAAUAACAGCUGGACUACCGCUGUGAGUCCGGGAGGUGUAGGCGGUGUAACAGCUGUUAAAGGCAGUAGGAACGGGCGUUCUCCCUCCAGGCGCGCUGGGCCGGAUGGGGAUGCUUCAGGCACUGAUGAGGAAGGAGACUGCGCUUUCCCUGGGACCUCGAUCCAAAACCGAGCCGUUACUGUGUGGGAGGAAAAAGACCAAAUUAUUGCUGUGUUUGUGGUGACUUUUGACACCAGAUCAGGAAACAUUGUGGAGUGGUGUUUACCCCAGGACAUAAACCUGGAUGGUGUGGAGUUUAAGUCAAUGGCGAGCGGCUCUCAUCGAAUUGCGAAUGAUUUCAUAUAUUUCCGCAAAGGCAGUUACUUUGGACUGGCAUGCUUUGCCAACAUGCCAGUGGAGAGUGAAUUAGAGAGGGGGGCUCGAAUGAAGUCCGUAGGCAUUCUGUCUCCUUCUUACACCCUGCUGUACCGCUACAUGCACUUCCUGGAGAACCAGGUCAAGAACCAGCUGCAGUGUCCUGGCCAGUACUCUCCACUAGAGGCGUUUUAUGAGGAUAAGAAGGCAGUCCUUCCCACUGGAGAAAACGGCCUAGUUACAGUCUGCCCCACCAGCUCCCAGAGCACCAUGGUUAACCGCUGCAUGCAUCCAGAGAUGAAGAUUACACAUCCUGCUGGCUGCAUGUCUCAGUUCAUCCGUUUCUUCGGUGAGCAGAUCAUGGUACUGUGGAAGUUUGCCCUGUUAAGGAAGCGCAUCCUGAUCUUCUCUCCUCCGCCUGUCGGUGUGGUCUGUUACCGGGUAUACUGCUGCUGCUGUCUUGCUAACGUCUCCAUACCUGGGAUUGGUGGCUCUGUACCUGAGUUCCGCCCCUUUUUCUACAUCAAUGUUGCUGACAUCACUGCUCUGGAGAAAGAGAUGUCCUAUGUUGCAUGCACUACAGAGAAGAUCUUUGAGGAGAAAAAGGAGCUCUACGAUGUCUAUAUUGACAACCAGAAUGUAAAGACACACAGAGAAGGCCUGCAGCCUCUGCUCCGAAUUAACAGUGCAGACCGGGAGAAGUAUCGUAAACUCAGUGAACAGAGGCAGUUGUUGCUGUAUUCUCAGGAGGUUGAUGGGGACUGCAGCUCUAACGAGGAAGACCUUUUCAUUCUGUUUUUCAUGGAGCAAAACAAUCGCAUCUUUAACACCCUGUUGGAGGUGGCAGCAAGCGCCGAUCCCACCCUGACCGCCGAGCACGUCCGCGCCAUGGGUUUGGACCCACAUUGCGACCGCGGCUUCCUCGUGGACCUGCUGGAGGUCUACGGAAUCGACGUCAUGCUCGUUAUCGACAAUCCGUGCUGCCCGUAAGACCAAAGAGAUUUCCUCUCUUUUAUUUUCUUCAUCCCUAUCUAAUCACUAAUGCGCUGGAUCUGCUAGCCGGACCUGACUGGAACUCACUGCCUGACUCGCACCUUUCUUCUUUUUUCUGUCUCUUGUUUUUUUUUUUUUUUUUAUCCGGCAUGGGUGUUUCAGAAGUCAGUACUGAUACCUGGCUGCAACGCUGGAGCGAAACGAUACUGCCUCUGCAGGCUUUGAUACACUGCUGCCUUCACCCUACUGACGUCAGUCUGCUUGUGUGUGUGUAUGUGUGUCUGUGUGUGUGUGUUUGUGUUUGCUCAGUGUCCUUCCAGCCACUUCUGGGUUUCCUUCUCUUCUGCACCUACACUAACAUCCUGAAAAGCGAACAGCGGAUGUCUGUGCCUCUUUGUUACCGAUUGUUGUGCUACAGAGCUCAAUUGUGACUCUGUUCUUCUAGCCAGUGCUGUUUUGGGGGUCUGAUGUCAUGAUCCUCCCUGGUCUUCAAUCUGCUUCAUCUUGACUGAAACACACAAAGCUGUUAAGCAUCGGAUCUUUCCAUCGUUUCGUCGGCCUGGUUUUUAGGCUCAUCUUGUAUGUGGAGGAAGGUAAAACAAAGUGAAAGAAGAUGCUUGUAAAAAUAAUUGUGGUUUUUACAUCUACUGGAGAACGUUAAUAAUUCCUGCAGUAUUUCUACAGCCUAUUUCAGAUGCGUAUACGGUUUGUAUAAAGAAAACAAAUUGAUAGAACUAUGUGAGUUUUUCUUCAGGAUUUUGUCAGUCUUGAGUGUUAUUUAAGGAGGGUAUGUAUUUAUGUACACUGAAAAUUUGCUAAUUAAACCUUUAUUUUUUUUUCUGAUGGAUCUCCAGAGUGGUCUUGACUCUGGACUUGCUCUUCAUACUGUAUAUUUAUUACUGCUGUAUUUUCACCCCACAUAUUUGUAAGAAUGAUGAUCCUGGACCAAUUUGGGUUUACUGCGAAUUCCUAGCACAUCUGCUGAAACCCUUUAC